CGAUAACAGAUGGAGCCUCUUUGUCACCUAUUCUUGUUACAUAUUUAAAAAUCCUUUUUCUUUCUUAAUUGUUUAUGUAUUUAGUAUUUUAUAAAUUUAAUGACAUGAUAAAAUAAAUAUUUGUGUUAAAAGAAGGGAAGUAGGAAAAUGUAAAAGAGUGAUCAUUUACAUUUAGCGAAUUUUUCGGACAUUUUAUGACAUAAAUCGGCAUAACCGGUUCGGGGCACGUGACCGAGUCAACAUCGGCGGGAAGUCACCAUGGUAACAGGAAGAGCAACAAUGGAUGGUCAGUAAAUCGAACAACGGUUACGAUGAAUAUACUGAAUUUAAUAAUAACUUACCAUUUAUUUGAAAGAUUUUAAAAAAUGUCGGAAUGUGGGGAAGUCUGGCAAUAUUUCCAGUCUGUGCAAUCUUGCUAUGUCUUUUAAGUCUCUUACUUCAAAUAAUUAUAUUACCUUCUUCUCAUUGGGGAGAAUAUUCAGCUAGAAAAGAUCGAGGAAAUCAAGAAGAAGUUGGUCAUUAUGGUCUCUGGAAUCUCUGUUUUCGAAAAGGUCAGCACAUAAUCAUAGAUUGUGAUCAAUUAGACACAUUCUUUCGAAGACCUCCACACAUUGAAGCGGCUGGAUACAUAGCAAUUAUACACAUAUUAUUACUGCUGACAUUUCUUCCUUUUGCAGUCAUUCGUAUAAUUCAAAUUAUCAAGAAAACUUCAAAGUUUGUCAUUCGUCCAAAUCGCCUAUGCAUUAUUAAAGUAACGCUAUCUUUUAUAAUAGUGAUUUUUGCCAUUUUAACUACUGUGUUAGCAAGCAUUGGAGAGAAUAGAUUUGUAGAUUAUGUUGUGGAUAAAGGUUGGGCAUUUUGGGUUCAGAUAUUCAUACUGGUGGUGGAUAUAUUCCUAGGACUAGUAUGCGCACUGGAAAACAUACAAUAUUGGCAGCAACAAACAUUCGAAGCAGCUACAAGAGAUCCAGAAGGUGAAUUCAGUGAAACCUACGGUAAUCCAACAUUCGAAUCCCCACGUUCUGUUAGAAAAUACGGUUCCGAACUGAGCAUAGCGUAUACAGAUGCCAGCGGGCAUCCCUACCCUCCCAGGGAAAUAUCCCCUAAACAUCAGCAGAGGAGUGUCGGGAGGGGUGGACGUCUAAACGGUGCCAAUUCUAUCGAUCGACAAAUAACCGAUGUUCGCACGAGAGAAGGUGGAGCGACUGUCAUCACAAUCGGAAACAUGACCUACGAAAAUCCCUCUUUCAAAGAAAUUUCCCCUCAUACUAGAAGGAAGUAUCGCGUAUGAACGUUGCCGCGAUCGUAUAUGAUGCACACCAGUUGUCUUAGUUUUUUUUUUAACCGUUAAUUCUCUUCUUUCUCUUGAAAUAUUUCGGGAUUAAAAAAUAAUGUAAAAUUCGUCUAUAAAAAAUCGAUUUUUUUGUAAAUCUAUUUGCCAAAGAAACAAAGACGUUUAUAUAGAUUAUAUAAAAAUCAUUAUAUUAAU